AUGCCAACAUCUGCAGCCAAGUUGGAUGAACCAUAUUACUGUUCAGAACAGAUACACAUCCCCCCAGAACUGCCAGACAUCUUGAAACAGUUUACCAAAGCUGCCAUUAGAACACAACCAAAGGAUGUUCUUGCUUGGUCAGCAGCGUACUUUGGUGCAUUGGCCAGAGGAGAGAUUCCACCAGUUAAGGAGAGAUUAGAAAUGCCAAUCGCCACACAAAAGACUGACACUGGCCUGACUCCAGGCUUACUGAGAGUGUUAAACAAACAGUUGGGACCAAAGAUCGUUGUUACCGCCCAGCAGGUGGAGAGCAAGUGGCUUGAUCUGGCCUUGCCAAAGGAACAGUUAGAUGACAUCAUGAGAGUGGGCAACUUCCGAUUAAAGUUUGAAUGGAAUAAAUUCUUAGCAUUGGCUGCUUCAGUGCUUGGAGAUAAUAUGACAGAUGCACUGAGGAUCAUCUGUGAGAUACUGACCAGCGACGCUGAGGGUGGGCCAGCUCGUAUCUCUUUCCAGUUAUUUCAGGACAUGUAUAAAUUUCUGGCAGAGGUGGAUGGGGAAAUCUCUAACCAUCAGAUCUCUGAUGUGAUUGCUUAUCUAAAGAAAGACGUGGAUAAACAAGAUGGCCUGGUGAUGCCUCGCAACUUCCUACACCCUAGCUGUCCUCAGCUUUCAUGA